GACGAUUCUGAUAGAUGCAUUCCAGAACCUCUUCGGAUGCGCUAUCGAUCUCUGUUCACGUCCUUUUUCUAUUAUUGGCCGGACAAAACUCCAGGCACCAGGCACGAAGGAAUCCUAGAUGACUACUCCGUAUUUACUCGUCAGAAAGAACGUGAACAAGUGACUCCUAGCUCUGGGCAGGUCGAGCAGAAUGGCACGACCACCCAUGCUUCAUGCCUCUCGGCCGAUGAGGCUGGACUGGGUAUCACGGGAUCUCCAUGUGGCAGACCCAUCCAUCGCAGACUCGCUAGAUGGGCAGCCUCGAUCACGCAGAAGCAAGAAAGCCACCACUAG